AUGGAUACUUUAUUUGACUUAAUUAUUGUAGGAUUGGGAUCUCAUGGUAGUAAUUGCUUCUCACAUUUUUCUGGGAAAAUCAAAGUCUUAGGCAUUGAAUAAUAUGUGUCACCUCACACAAAGGGGUCUCAUAAUGGUGAGACAAGAAUUGUAAGAGAAAUGGGCUAUUCUGGAGAAUAUGUGGAUAUUGCCAGAAGAUCCCUUGAAUUAUGGAGAUAAUUACAAGACUCAACCAGUGAAUAAGUAUAUGUGAAUUCAGGAGGAAUUAUAUUUGGAGAUUAGAGUGAUGCUCAAUUUAGAAAUCAAACAUAAUUCAAUAAUCCAAACCUCCAAUAGCUGUAACAUCAGGAUGUAGAAUCUAAGUUUCCAAUCAAGACAUCUUCAGACUAAUCAUUUUACUUUGAUAAAUCAGCUGGGUUUGUGAGACCAGAAAUAGCAAUAUCCAUCUUUAUAAAUUAGGGCAAAGCACAAGGAGGACAAGUCGUCAAUAAUUGUAGAUACAUCAAUCACGAGUACAAAGGAGAUGAAGUUCAUGUUUAUACUGAUUUAGGAGUGUUUAGAUCCAAAAAGUUGAUUUUAUCACUGGGAAUGGGAUUAAAGAGAUUAUAAAAUACAUACCCUUUGGAUAUCAGCCUAUAUAAGCAAUAGGUUGUAUUCUUCAAAACAGAUAAUCAGAACUUUGAUAAGUUGCCUGUUUUCAUUAGUGAAAAUAAUUCAUAAGAAGUGUAUGGAUUUCCAAGAGUGAAUGGGGAAGUGAAAAUUGGAUUGCAUCACUUUGGACCGUCUUUAGAGCAUCCGGAUUUGUAUGACCAAACCAAGAAUGAACAAGGGAGUGUUAACAUAAUUAGAUAAUUCUUGACAAAGUACAUGCCAGAAUUGAGAGAUGCUGCAGUAUCGAGAGUGGAGACGUGUGUCUAUACAAGCACAAGAGAUCACAAUUUUACAAUUGAUUUUGAUCCCAGAUCCAAGAGUACAAUAAUUUUGAGUGCAUGUUCUGGACAUGGAUUUAAGUUUUGUAUUGUGAUGGGAGAGAUUCUAGAGGAGAUGUUUGAGACUGGAGUUCAGAAAUAUAAAACAUUUUAAUUAAGUAGAUUCUAGAAGCCUAAUUUUUGAAUAUUGAUAACGAAUCAAUGAAAAUUAAAUUUUAAUAAAUUAAUUCAUU